UGAGAUCAUUAGCAUUUGGCUAACCACGCGAAAUACUGACAGCGCUCAUUAUUCAAGACUCCUAUCGAAAUGGCAACCUUUUUUACUGAUCUUCGGCACCAUUAACAAGCAAAUGCCUUCACAGCGCAAAAUCCUUACUUAUUCUAGAAAGCUUUGUUUGUAGUACAAUCGGGAUUGUCGGAGUGGAAUCAAGGAAUUCCCCGUAAAGUGGAGUCAAGAAAGCGGCUUGUUGAGUGAGUGGCUCAAUAUGGAUUCCGAAGCAAAGGGUUUCACUCCAAUGUCCCCUCCUUUAAUCAUAACACCAGGCAACGACUUAAACAGUUAUCCGCGAAGAUCAAGGCUGAAGAAACCUAUCUCUCGCAACUCAUUAGCCACAGAUAGGUUUUCCUAUACUUCUUUCCUAACCACCGCAAGUCGUAUCAGCGAGGAAUCAUGGACGCCGGACCUUCCUCGUUGGCGAAGUUUACCUAGUAAUCUCGAGGACGAACUCUUCUAUGAUGACUAUCCUGAUAUCCUCCGUGCUUGGUCCAAGUACAGACUGACGAAUAUGUCGCGCAGGUACAAGACUAUGGAUUAUAUAAAUAUGAUGAUUGAGUCGCGCGACGAAAUACUUGAUAAUAAUGAGAUUGACCUAACAUUGGGGAGCAAUCUAUCGAGUACGAUAGGGUUGAGCGUCAGCCGCGAUCUCAUGUUUACGAGGGAAGAUUUCUCCGAGCAAGGCUCUGCAAAUAUUACUAGGAGUCCUUCCGAUGAUCAACUAUCGUGCUCAGGUGAAAAACAACAAGCGAGCUGCUUGACGGAAGCAAAUAUAAUGGAGGCAUUGUCGCGGGUCUCGGCAAAUUCGUCAACUGAAAGCCUGCAAAGUUUGAACAGAUCUCACAGAAAAAUGAACAAAAUUGAACGAUGGUUGUUCCGAUGCCGCAAUAACCCUCGUGGCGAUUUUAUUGACUGAGUAAAAAUCUUGAUAAACAAGUUUUAACUUUUACAAUGUGUUUCUUUGAGAAAGCGCGAUUGAAUAUUCUCAACAGCUGCUAAAUGAGGCAGGCAUGAAGAAGAAAAGCUUCCGAAUGCGUCGAUAUGCAAAACUAGACGCCAAAAAUUAAAACAUCUUUAAACUAAAUUAUAUUCGGCCUACUCUUAUACUACGUUCUUUUAGAACUCUAAGAUGUAAAUUCUGCUCAAAGCCGUUGAUCCCAUUUUCCAUUUUUUUCCCGUUUCGCUCGCAGAAUGAUAAACGCUCGCAAGCUGGCCACGUGUGAAACAGACAAAGCGCGCAAUUAUAUGAGUUCUCAUCGUUCUUGCAAGAGAAAUUUGGAAUGGAACGAAAAACCCGAACGUGAAAUGGAUAAAAACAUGGUCACCAAGAGAAUCGUUUAUCAAUUUAUUACCACGGCUUUAUCAAGGCAGUCAAUCAAAGAUAAGCAGUAGUGAUGUAUAUAGGCUGAAAGAGAGUGAUCUACUUUAUUUUUCAAAAUAAACGGUCUGAACGAAUAAAGUAGUGCAUGGGCUUGACCCAUGGUGAGCCAAAAUUCAUGCUUAAAUAAAAUCAACGGCAUUCUGUUGUA